GUAUGGUGAACCAAAUCUGCCUCCCCCCGUGCUGUUUUUUCCCUCCCUCAGCCUUUGUCAACUGUGGUUUUGAGGGAAGGGGAUGAAUAUUCGUAGGACUGUCUACGUUUGACUUAAUCUGGGACCGACUGGCACACCUCUCUUCAGUCUUCUCCUCACGACAAACCAACGAAAUAUCCGUCCGGCGUUUCGCGUUUAGUCACAGAGAGAUGUCUGAGGAUGCGCAUCAAUACCUUAUUCAUCCGUUGUCUCUCCGCGGAGCCUGUCUUUGAAUGUUUUCCCCGAGCAUGAAUGGAGCUGCUUGAGGAUAUACGACCUUUUCUUCGUUGUUUUAAGGGAAUAAGGAGCCCUUCGAUAUUUGGUGACAUGAAUUAAAGCGAUAAAGCGUCUAUGACGGGCGUUACGGGACGACAACGCAAAGCCAUCACGGCAUAUGCUGUGUCUUUGUGGAUAGGAUCAAAUCAGACUGCAUCCUCUAAAUGAAGUUACCCAGCCAUGCAAUGUUCCUGGAAGGCUGUGAUUCUGCUUGCAUUGGUGUCCAUAGCGAUCCAAUACACAGCAAUCAGGACUUUCACAGCCAAGCCUUUUCAUAUUUGCCCUGUUCCUAACCCCCUGAACUGUGGCUUGGGGCAGGAUGUGGAGUCCUUCGAUCGGAUGUGUGAUGAGUACCCAUAUUUUAAUUACAAUUCCUCAAGGAAGACUCACAUCCUCAUCUUGGCAACCACUCGCAGCGGCUCCUCUUUCGUUGGACAGUUGUUCAACCAGCACUCAGAUGUGUUCUAUCUCUUUGAACCACUCUAUCAUGUCCAAACAACCUUAAUCCCUCACCUUUCUCCCAGCAGAUACGCUGUGGAGCGCCGAGUGAUGCUGGGAGCCAGUCGUGACCUUCUUAGAAGCCUGUACAACUGCGACUUGUAUUUCCUAGAGAGUUACAUCAAACCGCAGCCGGCAAACCACACCACGGAUAAACUGUUUCGACGUGGAGCCAGCAAAGCCCUCUGUUCUAUGCCGGUUUGUGACGCUUUCAGUCCCAACGAUGGCAAUAUAGAAGAGGGAGAUUGUGUUCGUAAGUGUGCCUCUCUUAAUUUGACCCUAGCUAUCGAAUCAUGUCGAGAAAGACGGCACGUGGCCAUUAAAACAGUGCGUAUCCCAGAGGUCAACGAUCUUAAGGCACUGAUUGAAGACCCUCGGCUUAAUCUGAAGGUUAUACAGUUGGUAAGGGACCCACGUGGGAUAUUAUCAUCGAGGAUUGAAACCUUCCGGGACACUUACCGCCUAUGGCGGAUCUGGAGAGCCACAGGCCGUAAACCUUACAACCUGGAUUUGACCCAGCUCACGACAGUGUGUGACGACUUUCUGAACUCGGUGUCCACAGGUUUAAGCCGGCCACCGUGGCUUCGAGGACGGUACAUGCUGGUGAGAUACGAGGACCUAGCCAGAAAUCCACUCCAAAAAACCAAGGAGGUUUAUGAAUUCCUUGGACUUUCGCUGGAAAAAAGUGUGGUGGACUGGAUACAUAACAACACAAGAGGCAAUAACGAUGUGUCAGCAAAGCAUAAGUACGGCACAUUGAGGGACUCGGCGGCUAACGCAGAGAGCUGGAGGUUGAAAUUGUCUCAUGACAUAGUUGAUUACACACAAACUGUUUGUCAACACAUUUUAGAUGAGCUCGGCUACAAAGCUGUCAACUCCCCAGAGGAGCUGAAAAACAUGUCCAUCUCUCUCAUUGAGGACAAAACCUUCAUACCUUUUUUGUAACAAAGGUAAUCACGUGCACGCACAACUAUUUUUCUACAUUUAUAUUCUUGCCUUAAUGUGACUGACAUUUGCACUAUGAACCUUUUUGUAACUUCGGAGACUCCCUCGCAGUCCCCCUCUAUGAUUUUUCUGAACAGCACAAGAACCAAAACACUUAGCUGUAAAGAGAUAUCAACUUCACCUUGAUUGCGGCGAUUGCAUUGAGAUAAUAACGUAACGUUCCUUAUUUAUAUAUUAGAGCAGAGCACCACACUAUUGACAAAGAAUUCUGUAUGCUGGUCAUUGCUUUGACAACAGUGAAUGUGAAUAUUUUGUCAGUCAAAGAACCCAGGCUAUUCUCAAGAUAAACACUCUUUAAUGUGGGACUGAAAAAUGCUGUCAUGUAUAACUACAGCCGUGCAAUAAAAUUGUGAAUGUCACAGUCA